AUUUAUAAACGCCAGCAGCACCUCUACAAAAGGCCAACUACAAAACGAUACGCGUUAACAGUGUAAACAAAACAAAAUGAGUGAAUCGAAAGAGGAAACGAAACCUGCUGAACAAAUCGAAGUGCCGAUUCAACCUCUGCAUCAAGGAAACUUAAACAACUUGCACAAGCAGGUGUUUCAAGCGAGAAACGUUCCAAAAGCUGGUCCUUCGUUUGCCAGUCCCACAGACAAUUUGAUGAGCCCUUGUACGGCAAAACUGCAAGCUCAUAAGAAAAAAUACUACACAAAGGGAAAACCGGUGUCCUCGCUGCAAGCAUCGCUGUUAAACGCAAAGGAGAACCCGAAAGAAGCAUAAUAAGUUCAUUACUUAGUUACGAGGUACUGCUAGCAGACCCGGCGGUAACGGAAUGAACGCUUUUCUGUCUUAGAACGUUAUUUCUGAUGGAACCGUUCUUACAGCUUCUUUAUACCCUCCACAUCGUCUGUUCUUCCUUUCAUGUUUUGCGUUCCUUGGCUGUACGUAAGUGUGUGGACGAAUUACACAGUAGCGUGUAUUUCAUUUAGUCCAUCCAUUCUAUCUCCUUUGGAACUUCCUCUUCCCUGUUUUUGUUUCUGGUUUCCUCUCAUAUCGUGUGUUAAGGUUGCUUAUACUUCUUUUUUUUUUGUUGUUCGAGUCCGCAUUGCCAUAAACGUCCUUAAUGAAAUUCCUGCUUUGCUUUAAAUAGUGGGGAAUGGAUCGAGGUGAUAGUAGAUAUAUGCAUGCGUACGCAG